AUGCAGCUCGCUCAAUUACCUGUCGCUCUGAUCUUGGCUGUUGCCAAGGCUAGCCCAGCGUCCUCAUUUGUAGGAUCCGCAACUUCCGAUGCCUACCCACCUGCGAGCACUUCUGCCGACCCAAAACUGUUCCCACCGGAGCCUGUAGUGGGGUUCCCUGGCAUUACCCAGACUGGUGUUGAGCCUGCAGCCAUUGCAACGGCAAAGUCCUACCCAUACAACUCGGGGCCAGCCAAUGCAUUCCCUCUCGUUUCCUCAGAGCCACAUGGUGAAGAUGAAACUUCGACUUUCGACAUAAAAAAGUAUUGGGGCAAUUUGUCUCCGUGGUAUUCACUCUCCUCGGCCGAUUACGGUCUGCCAGGCGCAAGCCCACGGCUGCCUGAUGGUUGCGAGAUUGUCCAGGUCCAUCUGCUCUAUCGCCAUGGGGCCAGAUACCCUACUGAUGGUGCUGCACCAGCGACUUUCGCGCAGAAAUUGCAUAACGCUACCAAGGUCGGCUUCAGCCCUCGGGACGACUUGGAGUUCUUGUCGACUUGGACGUACAAGCUUGGCGCAGAGCUGCUGACACCAUUUGGAAGAAGUCAGAACUUCCUCCUAGGCGUGGCAUAUCGUCAGCUGUAUGGCGAGCUGCUCAACAAUUUCACCGAACAGGGAACCAUUCCCGUCUUUAGAACCCAGUCUCAAGAUCGCAUGGUCAAGACAGCAGAGAACUUUGCAGCCGGCUUCUUUGGCUUACCAGAGUAUCUUAAUCAGGUCAAUAUUGAGAUCCUAGUUGAAACCCCAGGCGUGAACAAUUCCGGUGCCCCUUAUGAGGUCUGCCCCAAUUCGAACGUCAAUUCGAGAGGUGGCAUCGGCUCAACAGCGUCUACGGCUUUUGCGCGAAAUGCUUUCAACGCGACUCUUGCUCGCUUGAACUCGAUGGUCACCGGCCUGGAAUUCACCCCCACGGAUGCCAUCGCGAUGCUUCAGCUCUGCUCGUACGAGACUCACGCACUGGGAUACUCUGCAUUCUGCAAUCUCUUCACGCAGCAAGAUUACCUGAACUACGAAUACUACUAUGAUUUGUCGUUCUAUUACAACAAUGGACCUGGCUCUCCCGUAUCAGCUGCCCAAGGUAAAGGGUACUUACAAGAAUUCGUCGGCCGUUUCACACAUAGCUUCCCAAAUGCCGCGUCAGCUCUGAACCAGACGUUCGAUAAUUCAUCGACGUACUUCCCUCUGAACCAGUCCAUCUACGCUGAUGCCACCCACGAAGUUGUCGUACUCGACACCCUGAUGGCAUUCAACUUGACGGCUUUGUUCAAAGGUCCACCCUUGGCACUGGCCGAGAACCGGAAGCAGAAUAACUUUGUGGCAAGCAAGAUCGUGCCAUUCGCAACACACUUCACCACCCAGGUGCUGGAGUGCUCAGCCUACUCCCCCACCAAGCAAAUAAGGUUUCUGGUAAACGACGCGGUUAUCCCAAUUGCCGACUCCUACGACGGAUGCGAUGAUGAUGCCGAUGGGUUAUGCUCAUUCGACAAUGUUGUGUCAGUUCUCCAAAAGCGCAUCGACGAAAUUGACUACAAUUAUGACUGCUUCGAGAACUAUACAGCUUCGGCAGGCAAUGACUACAACGGAAGAGCCCCAAGAUCGUAG